AUGAUCCGUACUUCCAAGGGCUCUGCAGUCCCUGCAGAUCAGCCCCAUGCACCCCCAAAACCAGGAUUAUGUCCCCCUCCUUUCAAGGGCUUCAUAAUCACCAGGACUGUAAAUCCAUUCCCAGGGCUUCUCCCUGACUUGCCAUCUGCUAACUCUGCCCCCCCGCCCCACACACACACUUUAAACUUCCCCCAACACCACCUCUCAAACCUCCCGCCNCACCGUUCCUCCCCAGGAGGCGGGCGCGUGAAAACGUGGAAAAGACGCUGGUUCAUUCUGACUGACAACUGUCUGUACUACUUCGAGUACACCACGGACAAGGAGCCGCGGGGGAUCAUCCCACUGGAGAACCUGAGCAUCCGGGAGGUGGAGGAUCCCCGCAAGCCGAACUGUUUUGAGCUGUAUAUUCCCAACAAUAAGGGCCAGCUGAUCAAGGCCUGCAAGACGGAGGCCGAUGGGCGAGUAGUGGAAGGGAACCACAUGGUCUAUCGCAUCUCGGCCCCCACGCAGGAGGAGAAGGACGAGUGGAUCAAAUCCAUCAAGGCUGCCGUCAGCGUGGACCCCUUCUACGAGAUGCUGGCCGCCCGCAAGAAGCGCAUCUCGGUCAAGAAGAAACAGGAGCAGGCGUGAGCCAGGCCGGCCAGCAGGCUGCCUUUCUGUGCUCCCCCCCAACCCACCUCCCUGGGCGCCGCUGAAACUGACACCCCCCUGGGCCAGGGGGCCCAGCCACGGACAGACGGACAGACAGAGCAUCACUGACUUCCCCUCCCCCAGCAUCUGUGUGCACCACCAGCCGGAUCUGUCUUCCGAACCACGCCCCCGGCACCCCACUUGGGAUACAGCCCCUCUCCAGGAGCCCCUGGGUACCAUGGGCCAGCAAUCCCCUCCCCGCCUGUGGGGGCUGUGGCCUCUGCCAUGCCAUCAGCUCAGGACCUUGCAGCUGAUUCUGAUCAGGAGUGACUCCAGAUUGACCCUGGGGGAGCAGAGAUCAGAAUGCAAACCUGUCCCCGUUGCCGUUAGGAGUGACUCUGGAUUGACCUUGGGAGAACUGAGAUCAGAAUCCGGCCCUGCCCCCAUUGCAAAGAGGAGUGACUCUGGAUUGACCCAGGCCCUGACUCUGUAUCCUCAGCACUUUCCUUCAGGGGUCUCUGGAUUUUCACUGGCUGACACCAAGCUCCUGUCUACACUAAUCAACCCUGAGGUGCAAUAAGCUCUUGCCGAGCAUCCCUCCCCUUCCCUUCCAGGUGGCUGGGAAUUUACCCACAAUGCUGUGCUCCCACCUUGGUGUGGGGCACCAGCAGCUAGUGGCGUCCAUGGUGCACUGCCUUUGGGGUCUCCCCUGCCCCCCACCAUUCCAGCAAUAGCAGGCAUGGGGUGGGGGGGCAUUCCCAUUUGGCAUCUUCCCCCCUCCCCCCAUGCUAGCUGGCCCUCUGCAGUGCCCCAUGGCAGCCAGCAGGGGGAACUGGAGUUCUUCCCUUGGGGCAGCCAGCGGAGGGAGGAGUUUAGCCAGCCCCCUGGCCUCCCCCUCACCAGCUAAUUUUUAAAUCUUCCCACAGGGGGUGCCCCCCCC